AUGAUCGUCCCCUCUUUAGCGCAAGCUCACAAGCGUACCAUCCUCGAGGUGCUCUUAUCGCAUAUCCGCGAGAGCAGAUACCGGUGUCUCACUGGCGUCGUCAUCUUUAACCACGUGAAAUCCAGCUGGGUACGACAGAUACCCGCGAACGUACCGUCACUUGCGGUACUGCCACUGUCAGUGAGGUCCACUCUUCGUCGCGAACUCGCUCUUCUUGCAGUAUCAGUCGCGGUCGCGAACCUAACACAUAUACCGACGAACCCACAGACAGCCGCGCUUAGUCGUACCGAAAGCUGGGUGGUGACACAGCUGACAGAGAAAAGUUCACCAAGAGCAGGUCGCCCGGAAAGAGACGCCGUAGAUACCGGAUACUCACCUGACAACCGGAACCCCUGCAAGGAUUAAAUCUUAAAUGAAGACUCUAUGAGAUACAGCUAAAGAUAAAUACUUUUUUGAACGUAAAGUAUCAGUAUCAUGAGCGUUGCUGUUUACCAUUAAAUAGAAAGGACUCUAGGCAGAACUAUACUAACGA